UAUACAUAUGUGUGUGUGGAUAUGUGUAUAUAUAGGUCGUCUUAAACAUAUAUUUCAUUUGGGGCUCGCAACGACGCGACCGUUAAGUGGAACGCACUCUGAGUGCAGCUAUAAAGAACAAACUUAACCUCUACCAGUUGCCCACCGUCUUGUAACAUCGAGAAACGAUUGUUGUUCCGAAUAUUGAGUAUAAAAUUUCCCGUGCGCACCUAUCAUUAUAAAUAAAUUGGUAUUACGCAGAUUGUACACAAUUCGACUAUUCGGUGAGUAUUGUGAGUUAUAUAAUUCACUGUGAUUUCCUUUGUAAUUUACUUUGAUGUAUGAUUACUGUUCCAUUAUAUAUAAUGCCCAAAGUAAAUAGAAAAUAUUAUAAACGAGCCAAACAGAUAGCUGAUGCAUCUGUUAAUAGCGUUGAAUAUAUUUCUGAUGCAUCUUCAGUUUUAAGUACUGAUUCAAGUAAUAUAUUAUCAGUAGAGCUUCAGAGACAUGAACGUGUAAAUACAAUUGAUUUUAAUAAAGAAUUAGAUGAAACUUUAUCAGACCCAAGUGAUGAAGAAAAUUACAACGAUAAUUAUGAAUUAAUAAAUAAUGAAGAAGCUCUUUAUAGGGAGGAAAACAAUGAUACAGAUAGCUAUAUUAAUGAUGUUAGUGCAGUUUAUCACAAUGUUUUAGAUAAUGUGGAAUAUGAGAAUGGUAAUGUAAGAUUUACUUCACAGUUGCAAGGAUGGGCUAUUAGACAUAGAAUAACUCAUGUCGCUUUAAAUGAAUUGUUAGAAUAUAUAAAACCUAGAUAUCCAGAAGUCCCAACAGAUGCUCGUACAUUGUUAGGUACUGUAAGGAAGGUACAUACAGAUAAUGUUGAACCAGGGCGUUAUUAUCAUUUUGGUAUAAGUAAUUGCGUAGAAAAUCUUAUACAAAAAUCGCAGCAUCAUUUUCAAAAUAUACAAUUAAUUGAAAUUAUCAUAAAUAUUGAUGGCUUGCCUUUGUUUAAAAGUUCAGGGAGUCAGGUAUAUCCUAUCUUAUGUAGUUUGGUUACCAAUUAUACUAACGUUGGCAUUAUUGGGAUUUAUCAUGGAUAUCAAAAGCCUGCAGAUGCCAAUCAUUUUUUACAAAAUUUUGUAAAAGAAGCCCAAAAUUUAAUAAAUCAUGGUAUAACAGUUAAUGGAAUAAUAUAUCCAUUUAAAAUUAAAGCUUUUAUUUGUGACCUACCAGCAAAAUGUUUUAUAAGAUAUACAAAAGGGCAUUCAGGUUUUUAUUCGUGCACAAAAUGUGAAGCUAAAGGCAAAUAUUUUCUUAAUAGAGUGUGUUUCCCGUACUUAGACAUUUCCAAUGUAAGAACAGACAAAAACUUCAGGCUAAAAUCACAGCCAGAUCACCACACAGGUACAUCGAUAUUAGAAUUGAUUCCAAAUGUAGAUAUGGUGUAUGAUUUCCCAUCAGAUCCCAUGCACUUAAUUUUUUUGGGAGAAGUUAAAAAACUUGUUCUUUUAUGGGGCUACGGAAAACCCGGUGCUAAAUUAUCAUCGCAACAAAAAUCGAUUAUAUCAACAUUGUUAGAAGAGCAAAAACACAAUAUACCAUGCGAGUUUAAUAGAAAACCACGAUCUUUAUUAGAAAGUAAAAGAUGGAAAGCCACGGAAUAUAGGACAUUUUUAUUAUAUACAGGGCCGUUUGUAUUAAAAUCUGUACUUAAUCAUGAUAAAUAUUUAAAUUUUAUAACUUUACAUGCAGCUAUCACUAUUUUAUCUAGUAUAAAGUAUAUUGAAGUGCAUUUUGAUUACGCAAAAUUAUUAUUACGAUAUUAUAUUGAAACAUUCAUUAUUCUGUAUGGUAAAAAGAAUGCAUCACAUAAUACGCAUAAUUUGUUACAUCUUUCCGAUGAUGUGAAAAGAUUUGGAUUACUGCAAAAUUUCAGUGCUUUUCCGUUCGAAAAUUAUAUGCAAUCUAUUUUAAAAAUGAUACGUAAAAAUGACAAGCCUUUGGAGCAAAUUGUUUGUCGGAUAAGCGAACAAAACAAUUAUAUUAAUCUUAAUUCACAUUUGAAACAAUGUCAUGAACCUCAAUUAAAUCCACACUCAAAUGGCCCGCUUAUCAAUUGUCACAAUUAUAAUCAAUUUAGUAAGGUUGUGUUUGAAAAAUUCUUAUUAACAAAUAAAGAACCAAAUAAUUGUUGUUGUUUGCUGGAUGGAAGUAUUAUUAUUGUCUUAAAUUUUGCUUCUAAUAACAAGAAUACUAUUGUAAUUGGAAAGAAGUACAAGAAACUUACGGAUUUUUAUACGGAACCUUGCAAAUCUUCAAAAUUAAAUAUUUAUGAAGUAUGUGAUCUCGGCAAUUUACAAAUGUGGAACUUGGACCAAAUCGCAAAUAAAUGUGUUAAAUUACAUUACAAAGAGACACAUGUUAUUUUUCCUUUGCUACACUCACAAUUAUAAAUUAUUAGUUUUCCUUCCCAGGCGGCAGAGUGACGUCACAUGACGUAUUAAUAACGUCUUAAUGACGUCUGUGACGUCAUUAAGACGUCUUAACAUGUCAUUCUGCUGCCUGGGUUGCUACUGUAUAUCUAAUAAAGUAUAUGUAAAAAUUCUAAGUACAUACAUUUAUAUAUAAUAUCAAUAGAAUAACUGCUUGUGCUUUUUGUCGUAGCUUCCAAUGUCAAAAUAGUUAAUAGUAAAAGCGUUAAAAAAGAAAUACAUUAUACACUCAAAAGAUGCGAUACUUUGGUGUAUUAUUAUUUUCGCAAUCUAUGAAAUAUUGUUAUACUCCUGCUUUUAUAUUUGUGUAGCAAUGGAGAAACCGACGUGGACGAUAGUUAAGUUCUCGACGGAUAACACCGUUGAAGCAGUACCAUCAAGCUGGAUAGAACAUAACAAAUGCUAUUGGCCUCCAUUUAAAUAUGAACAAAUUAUCGCUGCAAUAAGAAAAAAUAUGGAACGAAACACAUGUUGGCCAUCUUACGAUAUUAUUAUGUUUCGAAAUAGCACAUAUGAUGACUACAAUACAGCAAGACUUAAAAUAAAAAAAGCAGAAUGUACAUCCGACUUAAAUUCAGAGAUUGAUGAAAGCAUAAAACGAAAAAGAAAAAAAAAUCCAUUGUAUCUGAGUGACACCGAUGAUUAUGAUCAAUAUAACAGCGGCUGCCUAAAACGGAAGACAAUGAAAAUUGAUAAAACAGUCCACAACAAUAUUAGGAAACUAGUCAUAGAAUCCAGUGAAGAGUCUGAAGAGGCUGACAGCAUUCUUCCAAAACAUCCCAUAAUGACAGAAUCAAUGUAUAUGAAGACGAAUUUAAAUAUACACGCAAAUGGAUCCCAAAUAUCAACAGAAACGUCGAAUACGCCAACGCAUGAUUUACGAAACAACAAUAAUGUGCGCAAUGAGUCUAACUUAUGUAAAACUCUUCAUUCACCUACUCCAGAUAAUUGUGAUAAUAUAAAAUACUUUAAAGAAAUCAUUCGCCAGCAAAGUUUUUUUAAGACCCAGUUAUGGCAGAUGGCAGACGAUUUGAAAGAAAUAAAGGAUACUGUAAUAACCAGUAUUCGGACUACACAAAAUAUGAACGGCAAUCAGCAGCAAGAAGCAAGAUCAAUUUAUUCUUCUUUUGACUUACCGUUAAGAACUAUUGAAAAUAUAGAACAAGCUGUGGAACAAUUUUUACACAUUCAAGAUAAUUUUGAUCGCUCGUGUACAGAAGCAUGUGCAAUAGGAGGCACAUCUUCUUACCAUUUUAUAAAACGCAAUAUGGAUCGAUUAAUUAGCAACAAAAUUGCACAACAGUACAGUUGGUUAGGUGCUAAACAAAAAAGGAAAUUUUGUAAUCUUCGAAUUGCAGUAAUGUUACUCAAUGCAGGCGUUUACCAUUCUAAUCCGUCUUAUACAAAAUUAGAAAUGGAAAAGGCAAUGCAGAAGUGGCUCAAGAGGGCCAAAGAGCGAUAUGAUGCGGAGAAGAAAAGACUUGAAGCACGUGAAAAUGAUACGUAGUAAUUCUAUUUAUUCAUUCUAUUACACAUACAUUGUUUUAAGACUGACUUUUGAGUGAUAGAUGGCAGACAAUUUAAAAUAAGUAUUAUUUUCUGUUAUAUAUACGGUCGUGGACGGAAAGAUUGUUCGCUAUUUCCGCGACAUAUUUUGGAACCUAAGCGAAUGGUCCAAUGAGAGAGCUUGUUUUAAAAACGUCUGUAGUAGAUCAAUUCUCUCAUUACAUUAUUAAGCGGGAUGUACAAUGAAAACUGAAACUUUAAACUUUAAGUAAGAAAUUGACUAAUCAUAAUUAUUCGUCUAUAAUUCAACUGUCAUUGGUGUAUUUCUUACUUAAAACUUGAAACGUACAGUUUAAAUAUUAUUGUAGACCCCGCUUUAGCUACGUUACAAACGCAUUAGAAAGAUAGCGAAAUAAGCCUUAUCUAAUAAUUAAGGAAUUAUCGUCCAUGACUGUACCUUCUGCCUUAGUUUAUAUUCUUUAUACCUGUUUAUGUUCUGUAGAACUGUUUAUGUUUUAAGACUGAGUUUUGAUAGAUAGCAAAUAAUUUGAAAGAAGUAUAAUUUUCUGUUGUAUACAGUGCAAGGAUUUAUUUUUUCAUUAUAUUUUGGAACAUAGGCGAACGAUCCUAUGAGAGAGCUUGUUUCAAAAACGUCCUAUAUAUUCUUAGGAAAUAAAUUUUCUCAUUAGACCAUUUCACCUAUGUUCCAAACGCAUUACAUAAAUAACUGACACUUUUACUGUGUCGACGACUGUAUCUUUUGCCUUAAGGUUUAUAUUAUUUGUAAGUGUUAAUAUUCUUUAUAACUUUAUUGUAUAAUAUAAUUUCAUGUUCUCUAUAUAUGUUUAUAAUUGUUGAGAAUUGACUUUUCGGGCGAAGUAAUAAUAUAUUACCGCGAUAGAAAUCAGCCGAGGACUUUCGUCUUCCCGGGAGAUCAUAAAACUUUUUUCGAGAUUGGUGCAAUCGCCGGCGACAUGUCGUGUGAUAUUGCUCCAUGGGCCCAAAGGAGAUAUCAAUAUUUCAUUAUAAUUAUGCGACGUAGUCUACGGCGGAAUGUGGAAAAUAUUGUCUUGCGUAAUUGAUUGUCAUCAAGUCGCAGAAUCAAAUCGCGUUGGACGCAAGACACGUGACUCGACCGGGCAUAAAGUGUUUCCUUUAAAAAUUAUAUAUAAAUAUAUAUUUAUGUGUACUAACAUUAAUGUAAGAAAUAAAACAAAAUCUAAUUAAAAGGACAUACAUUUUUAUGAGUCUGCUUAUCGAGUUCCGUUGUUAAAGGUAAGAAAUUAAUGAUGUAAUUAAUGGUGCAUUAAAUUUGAUAUGUACUCG